CGAGGUCCUGACAAGCACCCACCCCUCAUGAGCACCUUGGGUUUACUACGAGGUCCUGCAGCACUGGCCAGAGCAUGCUUGGGGCUUUGGAGCCUCAGGCUUGGGGAGAAGCGGACACUGCUGUCCCCAGGAGGCCCUGCUGCCAUGCUGCAGGUGGCCAGGAAGAGGGACUACCCUGCCCUGCUGCCCCUGGAUGAGAGUGAGCUGGAAGAGCAGUUCGUGAAGGGACAUGGGCCCGGGGGCCAAGCCACCAACAAGACCAGCAACUGCGUAGUACUGAAGCAUGUGCCCUCAGGGCUGGUCGUGAAGUGCCAUCAGACAAGAUCCGUGGAUCAGAACAGGAAGCUGGCUCGGAAAAUCCUACAGGAAAAAGUGGAUGUUUUCUACAAUGGUGAAAACAGUCCUGUUUGUAGAGAGAAACGAGAGGCAGAGAAGAAAAAGCAAGAAAGGAAGAAAAGAGCAAAGGAAAGGCUAGAAAAAAAGAAAGUACUGAAGGAACUGCGGGAAUCAAGUCGGAAUCCUGCUGUGGAUAGCACUGCGGGUUCUGACUGAA